AUUUUUGAAGCCCAGUGAAUAUGAGGGAGUCUUUGUUUCCUGCAGCUGUGAGGGAAAAGAGGGAGGCGGCUCAUGCGGCUCCUGCGGCUCCUGCGGCUCCUGCGGCUCCUGCGGCUCCUGCGGCUCCUGCGGCUCCUGCGGCUCCUGCGGCUCCUGCGGCUCCUGCUGCUCCUGCUGCUCCUGCUGCUCCUGCGGCUCCUGCUGCUCCUGCGGCUCCUGCUGCUCCUGCUGCUCCUGAGGCUCCUGCUGCUCCUGCGGCUCCUGCUACUCCUGCGGCUCCUUUAGAUCAAGAAGUUCAGAGAGAAGGAGAAGGAGGAGGGGAACAAAGCUUCCAGCUGGACCAAAUGAAUCCGAUGACGCUCGCUCUGGACAAAGUGAACGGCUCCUACAGCUUCAGCUUCCACAUCGUGUUCAGCCUGCUGGCCGAGGGGCCCUACACCCUGAAGUUCCACUACUGCCGCAACAAGGGGCCCGUCAAAAAACUGCCCUACUACUUCUCUGUGGAGGUGACGGAGAAGAACCCCGGAGGCUACCUUUCCGCAGCAGAGAUCCCUCUCUCUCGCCUCUACAUCGGGAUGGCCGGAGUCUUCUUCACCGCCGCCAUGGUCUGGGUGUACACGCUGAUGAAGCACAGGUACAGUGUGUUUAAGAUCCACUGGCUGAUGGCAGCGCUGGCAUUCACCAAGGCCAUCUCCCUGGUGUUCCACAGUAUUAACUUUCACUUCAUCAACACUGAGGGCCAUCCCAUUGAAGGCUGGGCCGUCAUGUAUUACAUCACUCACCUGCUGAAAGGGGCGCUCCUCUUCAUCACCCUGGCUCUGAUUGGCACUGGCUGGGCCUUCGUUAAAUACAUCCUGUCCGACAAGGAGAAGAAGAUCUUCAUGAUAGUCAUCCCUCUGCAGGUCCUGGCCAACGUGGCGUACAUCAUCAUCGAGUCGACGGAGGAGGGCUCCAUCGAGUACUACCUCUGGAAGGAGAUCCUGUUCCUGGUGGACCUCAUCUGCUGCGGAGCCAUCCUGUUCCCCGUCGUCUGGUCCAUCCGUCACCUGCAGGAGGCGUCCAGCACCGACGGCAAAGCGGCCAUGAAUCUGGAGAAGCUCAAACUGUUCAGGCAUUAUUAUGUGAUGAUUGUGUGUUACAUCUACUUCACGAGGAUUAUUGCCAUCCUGCUGAAGGUCACCAUGCCGUUCCAGUGGCAGUGGUGCUACGAGUUCCUGGUGGAGGUCUCCACUCUGAUCUUCUUCGUGUUGACGGGCUAUAAGUUCAGACCAGCGUCCAACAACCCGUACCUGCAGCUGCCCCUGGACGAGGAGGACGUGGAGAUGGACGAAGUAGUGACUGAGUCCGGAGCUCUGGAGGGAAUCUCCAAAGUGAAGAAGACGUGUAACGGACAACGCCCGAAAGAGUCCACCUUGUGAGCUGGAAGCUGCCUCCUUGGAGGGGGGGGGGGGUACUCAACAUGGACCAAGCCCCUCCCCCCCCCACACCAGAUCCCCUGCUGAACUCUGGGAGAGGUUGCAGUGUCCUGUCCACUGUCUGGCUAUUCAAAAAGACAAACUUUGUUGGACGCUCUCCAAUUCCUCAAAAACACUCCACCCAGAAACAGUGGAGGGGGGGUGGGGGUCUCUCCCCUCUCUCUCCCCUCUCUCUCUCCCCUCUCUCUCCCCAAAGAUCAUUAUCAUUUUAGAGAUUUGCUUUCGGGUGUGUUUAUAUCAGUGUGUUUAUAUCGGCUAUUUAAACGGUACUGCUGCCGGUCGUAGCUUCCUGUGCGAUGUGUGUGUGAACGCAAGACGACGUGAAAACAAACUGUAAUGUUUUUUUAUCUUCUGGAGACAAAGCCCGGACUCAGGUGGCGGCUCAAUCACUUUAGAUUUAACUUUUAGGAAUGUUAAAAGGAAGCUUGAAUUCUUCAACAGAGAGGAUGUAGUGUUUCUGGGUUGGUCCCUGAAGGCAGCAUCUCCUGGUCCCUGAAGGCAGCACCUCCUGGUCCCUGAAGGCAGCAUCUCCUGGUCCCUGAAGGCAGCAUCUCCUGGUCCAAUGGGAUAAUCUGUGAGUCCAACAAACGUUUGUGAUUCUUGGAACACAGAUCCCUAAAAGAUGAAAGCUUCCUUUCAACACGUUCUCCUCACAGGUCGUUUUAUAGUUUCACAUCAACACUGCGCUUUCUGUGUUACUCUGUUUCCCAUGUAUCGAAAUAUAUGAAAGAGGUUGUAUAUUUCAAUAUAUGUCCUUAUUGCAUAUUGAAAUGUUAUAUUUCAGUAUUAUUUCCAGGAGAGCGAGGAGUCGGGACGCUGCUGUAAUUUAAUGCUUUAGUGGAUGUUCAGCCCAGAUCUUCAUUUAUAAAUCUCUCAUUUAGGGAGGGGUCUUUUGGCGAGGAGAGACCGAACAGAUGAUCUCUGGCUUUUGGUUUUACUUUCGUGCUCUUGAUGUGAAGCUUAUUUUAUGAAUUAUUGAAGACUUAACAGAUAUAAAUAAGACUGGAGAGGAAGGCACUUUGAUGAAGAGGCUUUAGGACGCGUUCAGGUUCUGUUCUGAUUGUUUUGAAGGACGCAGGAGACGAGGAGGCGUUCAGGUGUGACUGUUCACCUGAGAGGAAACAGGAAGUCACAGAGGAAGCUGUGAUGUCUGCCUGAACUGUCACAAUAAAGCUGGUGUUCUGGAAAUGUGUUCAUCCUGUUCGUCUUGGAGUGAUUACAUGUUGAAUUUUAAAAAAUUGAAAUAAAAAAUGUACAGAGUAUAAAUG